AUGUUGAGAAUCGCAAAUUCCCCCUGGCGGCAAAGUGCGAGUACCGCCGGAGCGUCGCUGGGAGCACCUGCCUUCACCGGCAAGCCGGUGGUGAGCGCCGCGCCGCGCUUUCCUUCCUCCGCUGGCACGGCGGUGGCGAGCGAGGGGGCGAGCGCAAGCGAGGUGGUGAGCACGGGAGCGAGCGUGGAGAGCGAGUUGGUGAAAGCGGACCUCUUUGUGCCCACAGGUGUGCUCGUCGGCUCGCUCGCUCGACCCUACCUUGUGACCUUCAACCCGGGUCUCUGCAGCAGCAUAACCGUGCCCGGACCCGGGGGGGCGAAAAACGGCGGCGGCGGCGGCAAAGUGGAUGCGCUUGCGUUGUGGUACUCGGUUACAGAUCUUGCGAACCGCCCUCCAUGCAAGGCGCUGCAUGUGUUCACGACGGACUCCUGCUCGGGCAAAGCGGCGGGGAAAGUCUUCAACGAUGGUCGUGGCAUGAUGAGGCCCUUCAAGUUGCUCCCAUCAGUGAAGUCCGUCCGCUGCGUUAUCUACAACAUCUGCCAAUGGGCCAAGUGCCAGGCACACUCCAAUAGCCUCCCCUCCCACCUAGCCCUUUCCUGUGCCACUGCUGUGCUGAGAGAGCUCCUGCAGACACCAGCCUCUGGAGAGAGGAGCCUCUGCAGAUGA